AUGUUGGGGAAGCAUUCUCUGACGCUGCCACUUGUAGCAGCCUUGGUGACGUUAACGGUGCGGUUGCUCACCUACAGGGUCAAGGAAUACAUUCCCCUUCCGUAUCAUUUUGGCAUAACAACCCCCAAUACCGGCGCUGAAUCUUGGAAAGAGACUGUCUUUUGGAAGCAGCAGUUUGGAGUUGUACCGGACUAUCUUACUGUCGUGGUGCCCUGGUACGUAGAGUACAUCCCACGCUUGCCGUCUGUGGUAAAUGUGAACAUCUUGUGCGUAUGUGAUGCCUUGACUGUCUUCAUUGUUAGUCAAUGGCCGUCGGCUAUUCCCCAGCUUCUUUUCACACUAUUUGUUCUGAACCCAGCCAUGGUUCUCUUGCCGGCGUUGGAAUCGUUGGCGCCCAUAGAACACCUGGUGCUCACUCUCAUCAUUGAAUGCUCUCGAAGGCGACGAAGCCGAGGUUGGUUAAUCUAUGUUGCGCGGAUUCUUGCAUCUGUGCUCGGAUUUCAUUUCAUUGCCCUCACUGUAGCUCUGUGGUUUCCUGUCGGGACUUCAAGCUCAAGGUGGGCGCUUUUCGGGGUGCUUCUGGGCGAGUUGAUUGUGGGUGGUUUUGGUCUGCUCUACCUUGUCUUCUGGGGAGGCCUGCGUGCUCGGACGUCCCUGUACUCACCGCCUGACAAUGGCGUGAUGUGGUACGUGCGCCUCCUUAUUAUUCCCGUAUUUGAACGCUGCAUGGAGGUAUUUCAAAUUCAGUUACCCGCGUUUGUGACGCUGCUCGUCGCGGUUGCAUUGCCCCCCGAGGUGCCCGCAAUGACGCUGAGGUGCGCAAGCUCUGUUCCCGGGGACCGACGGCUGCUGCUGGUUUUGUUUGCCGUUUGCGCUAGUAAGCUCUGUCGUUGCCAUCUCGCCCUUCCAGACUAUUCAGUAGCGGUUGUGUUUAUCUAUUCCCUCCUGGAUACAAUGGGGGGAAAGGGAAAAGUAGGAAAAGCGGAGACGGAGCAGUCCAUGUUUGACCGCAUUAAGAACGCCAAUGUGUUUGUGCCCGUCUACACUUUGUUGCUUGUAGUGCCACUUCAGUACGGCUUCUACACGGGGUGGGUAAUGUGGGACACGGCGAAUCCCAACUGGGUCUUCUUCCCGCAGGUUGCAUUCGUCAUUGUGGGGGCAAUCUUCAUGCUUACGUUCCUGGGGAAGGCGUUUGCCGCCAUCAAGGCGGAGGCGACGGUUGGGGACAAGCCCAAACGGUUGUAG